AAUUAGGUUUGAUAAAGUUAUGAUGUUAUAAGCUAUGUAUAAAGUUAUGAUGUUAUAAGCUAUUUGAAGAGGGGGCGCUCCAUGCUGUAAAGAUGGCGGUGAACACAAAACGUGUUGUUUACGUUGGAGGUUUGGCUGAAGAAGUGGAUGAGAAGAUACUACAUGCAGCGUUUAUUCCUUUUGGUGAUAUUGUCGACAUCCAAAUACCUUUAGAUUAUGAAACACAAAAACAUCGUGGUUUUGCAUUUAUUGAAUUUGAAAUGGCUGAAGAUGCUGCUGCAGCAAUUGAUAAUAUGAAUGACUCAGAAUUAUUUGGUAGGACAAUCAGAGUUAAUAUUGCUAAACCCAUGAAAAUUAAAGAAGGUUCUGUUAAACCAGUAUGGGCUGAUGAUAGUUGGUUAAAGGAAUAUGCUGGCAAAACACUUAAUGAAAGUGAAGAAACAGAAGAUAAUAAUAAAAGACCUGCUGAAGAAUCACUGGAAGAUGAACCUGAAAAGAAGAAGAUGAAAGCAAAUCCAAUGGUUUAUUUUGAUAUUAAAAUAGAUGGAAGAGAUGUUGGAAGGAUACGAAUCUUGUUACGUAAAGAUGUUGUACCACUUACUGCAGAAAAUUUUCGCUGUCUCUGUACACAUGAAAAGGGAUUUGGUUUCAAAGGAAGUACAUUUCAUCGUAUCAUUCCUCAGUUUGUAUCCUUCUAUGAAAAAUUUAUGUAAUCAAAAUAUGCAUUU